AUCUGAUCAUGUCUCACUCAGGUGCUCAAGGCAGCAUUGGCAGCCACGCUGCCAUAGGGCUGCGCAGUACCAAGAUAUACCUCUAUGAAUACGAGAACUUCCAAGGCCGCAAGGUGGACCUGACUGGAGAGUGCCGUAACCUGUGUGAGAAGGGUUUUGAAAGAGUUGGCUCCAUCAGAGUAGAGAGUGGACCCUGGUUGGGUUAUGAGCAGCAGAACCUGACUGGUGAGAUGUUCAUACUGGAGAAGGGAGAGUACCCCCGCUGGGACACCUGGUCCAACAGCUACAGGUGUGACCGCUUCAUGUCUGUCAGGCCCAUCAAAAUGGACCCCCAGGACCACAAGAUUUGCCUGUUUGAAAGUACAAACUUCGAGGGUCGUAAGAUGGAGGUGUGCGAUGAGGAUAUUCCAAGCCUGUGGUCUUACGGUUUCCAGGACCAUGUUGCCAGCAUUCAGGUCACUGGUGGAACCUGGGUGGGCUACCAGUACCCUGGCUACCGUGGGUUCCAGUAUGUGUUUGAAAUGGGCUCUUUCAAGCACUGGAAUGAGUGGGGAGCUCACCACCCCCAGAUCCAGUCCAUCCGCAGGGUGAGAGACAUGCAGACGCACCGCAGGGGCUGCUUCGAGAUGACCGCAUAG